AUGGUUUUGAAUCUAAUUCGAGAAGCCAUUCAACUCAUUCAUGAGAGUGAUAAACAAGAACUUUCAGAUAAGCUGACAUUAACAGGGUUCUAUAAGUAUUUCCUUUUGUCUUCAAAGACAAAGAAAAUUCCAAUGUGCACUGAUUGUCAGACGUAUCAAAAAAAUCCAGACCAAAAAUCCUGUCCUAAAUGUGGGAAAUUAUGGAAAGAUAUCAAAACUCAUUGCUUUUUACGCCCAUUAAAAUUCCAAUUCGAGGAAAGGAUAUUCAGAGAGCCACAAUUUUUGGAUCAAUUUAAACUUGAUAAUCGUGAUCCCCAACUUAUCCAAGAUCGCUGUGACGGAGACAUCUACAAAAACAUUCACAAAAAAUUCGUAGAUGAAGGAGGAAAAACUAUGACGUUAUUUGGUGACGGUGUUGCUCCGUUUAAAUCUAGUCAGCAAAGCUUUUACGAAUUCUCUAUCACAUUCAAUAAGAUGAAACCAAAUGUAAGAAAGAAGCGCAAGAAUAACUUUUUGUGGCUACUAUUUCCUAACAAACCAUCUCAAGAAGAAAUCAAUUUGUGUUUGAAAAUCAUGAUGGAUGAUUUGAAUGUGUUCAAUGAUCAAUUUAAACAAAUAUCAUUGAGAUUAGAAAGAGUAAUUGCUGACUUACCUGCAAGGUCUGAAAUUCUCUUAUUUCAAAAAUCAGGGUAUUAUUUUUGCCAUUUAUGCAAGAUUCGAGGGAAACCUGUUCAGUUAUCAGGAGAAACUACUCAAGUUAGAUAUCCACUUAGGAGAGACAUUUCUAGCAAUCAACGAAUUGUUUUUGGUUUGAGAGAUCGACAUUUUUGGAAUAAUGUUUCGGGAAAAGAGUUGUCAUGGGGUGUUCGUGGAUAUUCUCCAAUAUUAGACCAGAGUUGA